AUGUCUUCUAUCAACAAUAAACUCAGAUGUCUUAUAUCGUGGCUCAUAUUUCUUUCUCUGGCUAUACAAAUAGCUUAUGCCGUUUCAAGUUUUACUGAUGUUCCACCACCACCAAAGCGUCCAGAACGGUUUCAUUCUCGUGAAGAACUCAAACGUUACUUGCAAGAAGUGCAUGAGUACUAUGCGAUUAUAGGUCGACCACGUUUCGGUCGCGCGCUUAUGAAACGAUAUAUCGAUCCACUUGAUACACAUCUCCUUUAUAUACCCAACCGAUCGCAUGAAUACAGUUGUCAUUCCGGUUAUGAUCCAUGUUGUUUUCAAAAAAAAAGUGAACAUUUCUUUUCUCUUUCAUAA